AGGGCGUCCACUCUAGUCAUGCGCGAGUAUCCUACGCUACACCAUCGACCGAAAUUAGAUAGGGAUUAAACGCGCGAUUGUCGCGGUCGCGCUUGGCGGCCUCGACGGAUUUACGGAUACGAAGUCCGUAGCGGCCGCCGCAGGAUCCGCCUUGCAAAUCCUCCAUGUGUGGCCGGAUUGCGUUCGGUAAAUCGAUCGGGACUUUCCUCCAAUUGACUAUGGGUUCCAGCUAACUAAUAAGGUUGAUGAGGAGGUGCAACUUCGUGAUUAAAUUAUACUUGUCUGUUGCCACUCUAUCUCUAGCCAUAGUAAGGCCACAAGACACAAUGUCGUCAAUUAAACUACCAUCGGUCGUAGUCAAAUGACAAUAACUAGAUUAAAGUGCCGGGAGCGCUCAUGAGACAGUCGUGCCAUCGUCUGCUUGAGCACCAGCAAGCCGGGGGUGAAGAGCCGCCGCUCUAUUCACCGAUUAAUCAAAUUUCAGUGGUACCGGAACAUGAGGGCCGCGAGGCCAGCCGCAAGCUGACACGAUAUGCGCCGUCGGAGGAGGACGAGGCGACACUCAGGGAACUUCUUCUUAGCCUUCAGAGACAGGUGAGCGUGAUGAGUAUGAAUCUGACUGCCAAACUUGAUGAGCUUCAGCGGGGCGACCGGCAACUUGAAACAACGGUCGCACUCUGUGAGAUCCGAACGCAACUCCAAGAGCUGACGAAAAGCGUUGAGUCAUGCCAGAGCGAAGUGUCUGAGGUAAAACGAGACAUGGUUGCCAUCAAGCAGGAGCUAGACACGGUACAACAGGUGAAAGAAGAAAUUGAGGAGUUGCGUGAAUACGUCGACCGGCUUGAAGAACAUACCCAAAGACGCAAACUUAGGCUGCUUGAACAAGGCUUAACAUUUUUCCUGUCCUAUGCCAUCUUAGCUGCAGUACUCGGAAUGUUGCAAUUUGGUUAUAACACCGGUGUAAUCAACGCACCUGGCAGAAACAUCGAGAAUUUCAUGAAGGAUGUGUACAAGGAUCGUUAUGGGAAGGAUAUCCAUGAAGAUGCAGUGAAUAGAUUGUACUCAAUAGCUGUCAGCAUAUUUGCUAUUGGGGGUAUGCUAGGCGGCUUCUCAGGUGGAAUGAUUGCAAAUCGAUUUGGCAGGAAAGGUGGAUUGUUGCUCAAUAAUAUCCUUGGCAUCAGCGGAGCAAGUCUGAUGGGGUUCACUAAAAUAUCUCAUUGCUAUGAAAUGCUUUUCUUUGGGAGAUUUAUUAUCGGCGUCAAUUGCGGGUUAAAUACAUCUUUAGUGCCAAUGUACAUAUCUGAGAUUGCUCCUUUGAAUCUACGCGGUGGACUUGGUACUGUGAACCAACUUGCUGUAACUGUUGGAUUACUGCUGUCUCAAGUUCUUGGUAUUGAGCAAAUCCUUGGCACUGAUGAUGGUUGGCCGAUCCUUCUAGGUCUUGCUGUAUGUCCGGCGAUAUUGCAACUUUUACUUCUACCAGCCUGUCCUGAAUCUCCUCGCUACUUACUGAUAACUAGACAGUGGGAAGAAGAGGCACGUCGCGCUUUGAGACGACUGCGUGCAAGCAACCAAGUUGAAGAGGAUAUUGAAGAGAUGCGCGCAGAAGAACGAGCGCAACAGGCUGAAGCGUCGAUAUCAAUGCGGGAACUUCUGUGCUCCCCGACGUUGCGAGCACCGCUUUUGAUCGGAGUCGUCAUGCAGUUGUCGCAGCAAUUGAGCGGAAUUAAUGCGGUGUUCUACUAUUCGACCUCGCUGUUUACCUCGUCUGGGCUCACGGAAGAAUCUGCGAAGUUUGCCACAAUGGGUAUAGGUGCCAUCAUGGUCGGUAUGACCCUGGUGUCAUUACCACUGAUGGAUCGGACUGGAAGACGAACGCUUCAUCUCUACGGUCUCGGCGGAAUGUUCAUUUUCUCCAUCUUCAUCACUAUAUCUUUUCUCAUAAAGGAGUUCUUUGGCUAUGUGCAGGAAAUGAUUGACUGGAUGAGCUACCUAUCCGUGGUGUCCACUUUGAGCUUCGUGGUGUUCUUCGCGGUUGGACCGGGUUCUAUUCCAUGGUUGAUCACUGCUGAACUAUUCUCACAAGGACCGCGGCCAAGCGCAAUGGCGAUCGCUGUGUUAGUAAAUUGGAUGGCCAAUUUCGUGGUUGGGAUCGGAUUUCCGACUAUGAAGGCACUGUUGGAAAACUAUACAUUCCUGCCUUUUAGUGUAUUCCUCGCAAUUUUUUGGAUAUUUACGUAUAAGAAAGUUCCUGAAACAAAAAAUAAGACCUUUGAGGAGAUCUUAGCGUUGUUUCGGAACUCUAACGGCAGUAUCGGAGCAGUCGUCGGCUGGAGCGGAGGGCGGGCGGCCUCCUCCCCCCCUGCCACCCCCGCGGUUCCCUGUCACCGGCAACGUGUGACAAUGGGAGACUGCCCGUGCACCCCUAGUUGCGCCAAUCAAGGCCGCCGCCAACUUCUUGUUUCAUGGACUCAAGCGUCAAGCGGCGGGCCGUGCCUCUAUCACUACCACACAACAAAUGUUCUAAAUUGAUGUGAUUAGGUUAGGAAAACGAUGCUAGUACGUAAGACACGGCGUAAAGUUUACAUAGUUCGUUAGACUGUCAUUUUAUGACAUGAUUUAUGAAAUGCAUAACUAGUUACCAUCGGUUACUUGUACCCAUUUUAAUUAGAUCUUGAAAAGAUUUUAUUGAAUAUAAUAUUAUACUAGAUAAAUUAAUAGGUGAUUUAGAAAGCGAAUCGGAAAUCGG